GGCGGCGCGCGGCGCGGGGGAACUAUCCUCGCGCGGAGGCUGCUGCUGCUGAAACAAGAUGGCUGAGCGCGCAGGAGGAGCAGCGGAGGAGAGCUGAGGCAAUGCAGAGGAGGAGGCACCGGGGGGCGAGGAAGACACUCUGGCCGACAGCGAGCAAACAGCCCCGCAGAGAAACACACCGAGCGCUCCCUGACAUGCCGCUGGCCCGUUUCCGCCGCCGUUUAGGGCUCGACGGUGUGAGUUUUUCGUAGUCAAGAGACCAACGGACGGUCCAAACAAAUCACGGAGCUCUCAGUAGAGGACAGCCGGGGACGCUCACGCCGCUAUCAGAGAUGUCCCUGCUGUGUGUGGGAGUGAAGAAAGCCAAGCUGGAUGGACCCCAAGAGAAGUUCAACACAUAUGUGACUCUAAAGGUACAAAAUGUGAAGAGCACAACCAUCGCUGUCAGGGGCAACUUGCCCAGCUGGGAGCAAGACUUCAUGUUUGAAAUUAACCGCCUGGACCUUGGUCUGACAGUAGAGGUAUGGAACAAAGGGUUAAUCUGGGACACCAUGGUCGGCACUGUAUGGAUUCCCCUCCGUAGCAUCCGGCAGUCUAAUGAGGAAGGUCCAGGGGAGUGGCUCACACUGGACUCUCAAGUCAUCAUGGCUGAUAACGAGAUCUGCGGCACCAAAGAUCCCACUCUCCACCUGGUGCUGCUCGAUACACGCUUCGAGCUGCCUCUAGAUAUCCCUGAGGAUGAGGCACGGUACUGGGCUAAAAAACUAGAGCAGCUCAACGCCAUGAGGGACCAAGAUUAUUCAUACCAGGAGGAACAGGAACGUCCUCUCCGUGCACCAGGAACCCAGUGCUGUAACUGGAGUCUAUGGGGAGACCAGCAAAAUGAAGACCCUGAUAGUGCUGUGGAUGACAGAGACAGCGACUAUCGCAGUGAAACCAGUAACAGCAUCCCACCUCCAUACUACAGCACAUCCCAGCCCAACGCCUCGGUCCACCAGUAUCCCAUUAGCCACCAGCACCGUAGCUCCAGAAGUUUCUCGUACCCACGAUCUGACAACAGCCACGACCUCGACUACCACCAUCAGAGAACUGUCAGCCCCACUGGGAGCUACGCAUCAUCUGCAGAGCUCAGCCGAUGCAGCAGUCAGCUUAGUGAGGAAGACUAUGGCGGUGACUACGGAGAGAGGGACCCUUACGACGAGAACGACUCCUACCACUCCUGCCAUUCCUCAGUUAGCUACAGCAAAGGUUCUCCAGACUGGGACCCCGAUGAGACCCAGGGGGCGUACAGCGAUGAGGGCGACUACAGCAAAGAUGGAGGAGAAGAGGCUGCUCUGUACGAGGAGGACGAUGGAGGAUUGUAUGAGGGAGAAGAGGAAGGCCUCUAUGAGGAUGAGGAGAUGAUGUAUGAUGAUGAGGAUCUGUACAAUUUGGAUGGGACCCUCAGUGAGGACAUGGAGCCUCCAUUCACUCCCACUCCUACAUCAACUGCCCCCCCAGCGCUCGAUGCAUCCGGCUCUAGACCUCCUCUAGAGAAACAACCGUCCCUGCACCAACAGCAGCCUCCCAGUCAGCCCUCUAACCAAACAUCUAACCAGGCUCAUCCUCCAGGCAUGGCACCUACAGCACAGCCCCUUUCUGGUCAACAUGCAGCCCAACCACCUAAACAACCCCAGCCCCAAACACAACCUCAGCCCCAGCCAGCCCCAUCCGCCACUUCUUUCUUCUCAAUGGCCAAACCUCUAACAGCUGCAGUUACAGGCUUGGCUUCUACUUUCCUGUCUUCUGUUCCCACUGCCCAGCCUGCCCAGUCUCAUCCCCCAGCCUCGGCUGUACCGCCGCAACACCAAUUUGCUACAGCCAACUCUGUCCCUCCAUCCCACCCAGCCACCUUGGCUAACUCGGCCACCCAGCCUCCUUCCACUGCCAUGGGCCCAUCCUCUCAGCAGACACCAUCCUCCACAUCACCUCAAUCCCAACUCAGUGAUCCUACCGCCACACAGUCAGCUGCUCUUGAGGAUCAGGCUCCCCAGUUGGAGGAAGAGCCGUGGCUAGAAGAGGAAAGGAUGCUGGAGGACGAGGCCAGGACGCCCCCGGAUCUGCAUGAGGAGAAGAUUCCCGUGGAGCAGAAAGAGGAGCAUUUUGAAGAGAGCAGACCGCUGACGCCAGUAGAGGAAAUGGAGAUGCCACCCGAGAGUCCUCCAGUUGUAGAGGAACCCAAAGAGCCAGUCGACCCAGCAGUCAGAGCCAAAGAGAACUGGCUCAGGCUCUAUAACAAGGUCUUGGAGCAGCUUCGGGAGGCUCGAGGAGAGACCUCCAGCUCGCUGUGGUUUGGUAAAGGAGGAAUGGGAGGUGCACUCUACAGUAUUGACAGCAUGCCUGACCUUCGCAAGAGAAAAGCCAUUCCUCUUGUCAGAGAUCUGGCGAUGUCUCUGGUGCAAAACUCCCGCAAGGCUGGAAUCACCUCGGCGAUGGCUUCCACCACUCUGGGCAACGAGGAGCUGAAAAGUCACGUUUAUAAAAAGACCCUGCAGGCUCUGAUCUACCCCAUCUCCUCUACUACUCCACACAACUUUGAGGUGUGGACAGCCACCACCCCCACCUACUGCUACGAGUGCGAGGGAUUGCUUUGGGGUAUUGCACGCCAAGGCAUGCGCUGCUCUGAGUGUGGCGUCAAAUGCCACGACAAGUGCCAGGAUCUCCUCAAUGCUGACUGUCUGCAGAGAGCUGCAGAGAAGAGCUCCAAGCAUGGAGCGGAGGACCGGACCCAGAACAUCAUCAUGGUCCUGAAAGACCGCAUGAAGAUCAGAGAGCGGAAUAAGCCAGAGAUCUUUGAGCUAAUCCAGGAAGUAUUUGCUCUCGACAAAACAACACAUGGAACGCAAAUGAAACAAAUCAAGCAGAGCGUGCUUGAUGGGACAUCUAAAUGGUCAGCGAAGAUCAGCAUCACAGUGGUGUGUGCUCAGGGCCUUCAGGCUAAAGACAAAACAGGCUCCAGUGACCCUUAUGUAACUGUUCAAGUUGGGAAGACCAAGAAGAGGACCAAAACCAUCUACGGCAACCUCAACCCUGUCUGGGAAGAGAACUUCCACUUUGAAUGCCACAACUCAUCUGACCGCAUCAAGGUUCGUGUUUGGGACGAGGAUGAUGACAUCAAGUCUCGAGUGAAACAGAGGUUCAAACGCGAGAGCGACGACUUCCUGGGUCAAACCAUCAUCGAAGUCCGCACUCUGAGCGGAGAGAUGGACGUUUGGUACAAUUUGGACAAAAGAACAGAUAAGUCUGCUGUUUCUGGAGCCAUCCGGAUGCACAUAAGUGUGGAGAUCAAAGGAGAGGAGACGGUGGCUCCUUACCACGUCCAGUACACCUGUCUGCAUGAGCAUCUAUUCCAGUACACUACCGAGGAGCAAAAUAGUGGUGUAGUAAAGAUUCCUGAUGCCAAAGGAGACGACGCCUGGAAGGUGUACUUUGAGGAGACGGCUCAGGAGAUUGUGGAUGAGUUUGCCAUGAGAUACGGAGUAGAGUCCAUCUACCAGGCCAUGACCCACUUUGCCUGCUUGUCAUCUAAAUACAUGUGCCCAGGAGUGCCAGCUGUGAUGAGCACCCUACUGGCCAACAUCAAUGCUUACUACGCCCACACCACCCAGUCCUCCAACAAUGUUUCUGCCUCGGACAGAUUUGCCGCAUCAAACUUUGGUAAGGAGAGGUUUGUCAAACUACUGGAUCAGCUGCACAACUCCCUGAGGAUUGACUUGUCCAUGUAUCGGAAUAACUUCCCUGCCAGCAGUCCAGAAAGGCUUCAAGACCUCAAGUCUACUGUUGACCUGCUGACUAGUAUCACCUUCUUUAGAAUGAAGGUCCAGGAGCUGCAGAGUCCCCCCAGGGCGAGUCAGGUGGUGAAGGAUUGUGUUAAAGCCUGCCUCAACUCCACCUACGAGUACAUUUUCAACAACUGCCAUGACCUCUACAACAGGGAAUAUCAGACAGAUCCUUCAAAAGCUGUCCCUCCGGAUGAGCAGGGUCCCAGCAUCAAAAACCUGGACUUCUGGUCGAAACUCAUCACCCUCAUCGUCUCCAUCAUAGAGGAGGACAAAAACUCAUACACUCCUUGCCUUAACCAGUUUCCCCAGGAACUCAAUGUGGGCAAGAUCAGCGCUGAGGUCAUGUGGAACAUGUUUGCACAAGAUAUGAAAUAUGCCAUGGAGGAGCAUGAGAAGAACCGCCUGUGCAAAAGUGCAGAUUAUAUGAAUUUGCACUUCAAGGUUAAGUGGCUCUAUAAUGAGUACUGCAAGGAGCUGGUCACUUUCCAGAAGCAUGUACCUGAAUAUCCAGCGUGGUUUGAGCCAUUUGUCGUCAUGUGGUUGGAUGAGAAUGAGGAAGUGUCCAGAGAUUUUCUCCAUGGAGCCUUAGAGAGGGACAAAAAAGAUGGGUUCCAGGUCACGUCAGAGCACGCCUUGUUCUCCUGCUCAGUGGUGGAUGUGUUCUCUCAGCUCAACCAGAGCUUUGAAAUCAUUCGCAAACUCGAGUGUCCCGACCCUCAGAUUGUUGGCAACUACAUGAAGAGAUUCGCCAAGACCAUCGGAAAUGUUCUGCUGUCUUACGCUGACAUUAUAGCAAAGGACUUCCCAAAUCACGUCAAGAAAGAGAAAGUGCCAUGUAUCAUAAUCAAUAACAUCCAGCAGCUCAGAGUUCAGCUGGAGAAGAUGUUUGAGGCCAUGGGAGGCAAAGAUCUCAACGUGGAGGCCAGUGACUUCCUCAAGGAGCUGCAGAACAAACUGAACAACGUCAUGGAUGACCUCAGCCGCAUCUUUGCUGUCAGUUUCCAGCCGCAGAUUGAGGAUAAUGUGAGGCAAAUGGGAGACAUCCUCGCCCAGGUCAAAGGUCAGACUGUUCCGGCCAACGGGAGCGUAGUUCAGGAGGCUGACAAUGUCCUGCAGCCCAUCAUGGACUUCCUGGACAGCAACUUGUCGCUGUUUGCUAAGAUCUGUGAGAAGACGGUCCUGAAGAGAGUACUGAAAGAACUGUGGAAACUGGUGAUGAACACAAUGGAAAAAACAAUUGUGCUUCCAACUCUGACUGACCAGACGGGCACUCAGAUGAUCUUCAAUGCUGCUAAGGAGCUGGGUCAACUCUCCAAAUUAAAGGAGCACAUGGGCCGAGAGGAGGCCAAAGCUCUGACUCCUAAACAGUGUGCAGUAAUAGAGCUGGCACUGGACACUAUUAAGCAAUACUUUCAUGCGGGUGGAGUGGGCCUGAAGAAAACGUUCUUGGAAAAGAGUCCGGAUCUGCAGUCUCUGCGCUACGCCUUGUCUCUGUACACGCAGGCUACAGACAAACUCAUCAGGAAGUUUGUCCUCUCACAGAAUGCUCAGGUCCAUGGAGGGAAAGGGGUCAGAUACACGGCAAAUGAAGACACACCACCAGAGAAAGCAUCUGGAGUGGAUGCAGUUGGCGACGUAGUUAUGAACGUGGAUAUUUUGCCUCAGCCUAAUGGAGAACACAAGAUCAGUGUCAAAGUGGUGGCAGCUAUUGACCUGAAAUGGAAAGCACAGGGCUUCAGGCCUUUCGUGGAAGUCUACAUUAUCGGCCCUCACCUCAGUGACAAGAAGAGGAAGUUUGCCACCAAGUCCAAGAACAACACCUGGUCACCAAAGUUCAGUGAAAGCUUCCAGUACUCGCUGGGCACUGAGGUUGGUCCAGAGAGCUACGAGCUGCAGGUGUGUGUGAAGGACUACUGCUUUGCCAGGGAGGACCGUACGGUGGGAAUGGCCGUGCUGCAGGUGAAGGACAUAGCCAGCAAGGGCAGCGUCACCUGCUGGCUGCCGCUGGGAAGACGGGUCCACAUGGACGAGACGGGCCUGACGGUGCUGCGCAUCCUCUCCCAGCGCAACAACGACGACGUGGCGAAAGAGUUCGUCAAGCUCAAGUCGGACCAGCGGUCAGCCGAAGAAGGUCGCAGCUGAAGGACGGCAGGAAACACGUGUGCACAAAAACACCAGAGACGUACCUGAUAGACAUAGUGUUAUGCACACAUACUACACUCACCUACAUAGAUAGACAACCACGUGCAAUACACAAGCACACACUUAAAAACGCUCUAUUGUACAUAUAUCUGCAUAAAUUAUGCAACAUUUACAUUGCAAUGUUAUCAAUGCAACAUGGAGGAAUAUCUUUCUAAAAACUUUCAGUUUGAAUCUUUCCCAGCUCACAACUCUCAGUUCGGCCCCAUAUUAGAACCUCACUCACUCUUUCCUAUAACACGUCACACCUUUUAUAUACUGUACAUUUAGAUGUACCGCAGAACAACCACAGAACCAUGUGAAUAGUUUGAGAACGACCACUUUGCACUUUUGCUUCUCUGCAUCUUCAGGAGAGCAGUCGUUGCCUCGCUGUGCUCUGUCCGUGCGUCCUUUUGUCCGCUUGCCUGCCUGACUGUGUGUCGUUCUUCCAGUCCGUCCGUCGCCCCUCCGCCCUUGUCGGUUGCUCUGCGUAGUCUUCCCACGGUGUGGUCUGUUGUGUAAGUUGGAGUUCAGACACAGAUCUAAGAUCAGCCAUUUCCUUUUGCCCAAAAAAAUCAGAAAAUUAUAUAGAAAACACACACACACACAAUACUGACCUUAGAUCAGUGUCCAGGGGCAACAUCACUGCUAGUCUGUCCUGUAAUGUACAAACGUCCUGCAUGUUGACCCCAGGAACACUGUGAUUCACUUUGCUGUAACCAUGGCAACCAUUCCCCUCCCACGUAAAAGAUGGGUGCCUCCAAUAUUUUAUCUGUGUGAGCAUGGUGCAUUUAACCCCGGUACAAUACGGUUUUAUGAACAUGACCCGACUAACCUUCUGUCUCGUGGAGAAGACACGCCGGCAGUGGAUCAAAGCUGAGCCCGGCGUGUGACGUGUUCGUAGAGGCAACAGCCGUGACCACGAUGUGCAUUUUUUGCGUUUCUUGCUUUACAUCGCGACAAACGGAGCAAUACCCCAGCGUCUUACACCCCUAGAGUGCACAUUAACUCCAAAAAGGGCUACAGGAUCAGUGGACUGGGAUGUCACUUUACGCACUAAUACAUGCUCUCCACGCUUCUGUUGGCAAACUGACCACGACGCCUCCACGCCCACUCAUAAACACACCACACACUACGAUUCAGAAAGUCUUUCAUGAGUGACACUGUGGAGGAACUGGAAAUAAAUCCACACGAAGCCUGAAAGGACGCACGGAGCUGCACACGUGUCUCAACCCAUCUAUUUAAGGCAAUAGUGGUUUGUUUGUGUGUUGUUUGAACUUGAUGAACAAACCCUCUGUGAACACUGCUGUGUGUGUGUGUGUGUGUGUGUGUGUGUGUGUGUGUGUGUGUGUGUGUGUGUGUGUGUGUGUGUGUGUGUGUGUGUGUGUGUGUGUGUGUGUGUGUGUGUGUGUGUGUGUGUGUGUGUGUGUGUGUGUGUGUGUGUGUGUGUGUGUGUGUGUGUGUGUGUGUGUGUGUUGGGCUGAUUGUCACUCCUGCAAAAUGGGCUCUUGACAUUGUGAGCAAUACAUCGAACCUGCACACUCAAAAAUGUAUGCGCUGUCGAUACAACUACAGGAGCACCGGCUGCACUGUCCACACGUAGGAGGAAUGGGAAACUUAUGAUCACAUUUUUUUGUAAAGAUAUUUUAUUUAUGGACUCAUAAAAUUCUCAUUCCCCUCUGGAAGUGUUGCAACCUUUUUCUCGCGUAUUUUGGAUAAGAGAGGAAAGGAAAGUGUUUUGUCGUUGGAAUUACCAUUUGCCUUUAGUAGGACCAAAUUUGCACGAACCAGAGCUCAUGCUUGUUUUUAUUUCCUCAAAGAACGAAGCCAUCAGAGUCACCGCCAAGCAUUUAAGGUGUUCAUGUAUCAGUUUCAGUCAUGUGCAUUGAUUAACCCCUUUACCUCUUCCUUGGAAAAAGGUGAGCGAGCACUCACAGUCUUAGUCCAGCUCGUCUUGUAGUCUCUUUGUGAAUCUAAAUGAUGUCAGUGAGAGCGAGUAAACGCUGCAGGAAGCUUUCCUGUCGUUGCGUGGAGCUACUUCAGACAUCACUGCUGGCCUGUCACAUGUUGUCUUUACUUAAUACUGCUGAACGCUACCAAAAACACAUCUUCUGAAUGUUCUUUAUCCUCUCAACAGGGCCUUCUUUUAAAGGGAUAGUCGCAUCUAGCUUGGGGAGAUUGACUCACACCUUUUGAUUUAGGCCACCAAAUUUCACUUGAGAUGUUAAAAUAAACGGAUCAUGCUUGAGUUUCGAGCUAACUGGCCUCGUAGCCAAAUCUUUAGCAACAUUUAAAGGAGAACUCCACUGAUUCUACACAGCAAAGUUUGUUUACAGAUCUUUGGGAGUGCUGGAAAAAAAACCUUGCAGAUGGAACAGUUUGGAGAUGUGGUUCCUCUGUAGCUUCAGGCUGCAAUAACUACACAAAUCUCAGGCUGGAUUUUUUCAUUGAGGGUAAUGUAGACACCAAGGAUAAAUAAUGUGUGCAAUAAAAAAAGAAACAAAGUUCUUUGGCUCUGCUGCAUCUGCUUUGGUGAUGUUUUACUUCUACCCAUCCGUUAUAAGUUUAAUAAGUGUGAUGCUUAAUCAGUGGAGUGCUCCUUUGACACGGUUACACAACGUUGUCAUGUGUUGUCAUUAGUGCUCAAGACAAAACUGUCAGGUUGAAGCUGGAAAAAGCAACAAGAAGUAACCAGUCAUCCAGUUUGGGGCUUGUUGGCUGCCUGCUUCAUGUAUGUACGUGCACAUACGGACGCCACUGCACACACGCGCACACACCCACACACACAUCUACACACACCGACCUCUGCUCAAGCACAAAAGGGCACAUGUGAGAUGUAAGACACAUGUAAGACACGCAUGCAUGCAUGCACGCCGACACAACUCCGUGGAGACCAAUGACGCCCACCUUGUGAAUAGAAUCAACUACAAUUGCAUGAUGGGAAACUUUAUUGUGCCAGCACGUGUCUCUUUGAUGUUACUUGACUUUUUUUUUGAGUUGUUUUUACUUUCUACAGCUACGUAAUAAUUCAUCAAUGUUCUUUUUGUUCUUCAAAAACGGCUUGUGAAUACGUCAUCUGUAACCAAUAUGAAUGUAGUGUGAACACAGAACUCGCAUGAGAGAAUUAUUUUCUACUGAGGAUGUUUCUAAUUUGUUUCUUAUCAUUAUUGAUUGUUCUUUAAUGAGGAUGAAGUGGAACUGGAAUGCAGCCUGAUUGUGAUCUGCUUCCUAUUAAUUAAAAGGACAUUCGUGUCACGACCUAAAUGUCUUACUGAGAA